GUCAAACACAUCCUAUUGGCUCUGAGUUUAUAGAAAAGGACUUUUACGUGGACGAUGGGGUCACAAGCACAGACACAGUUGAAAGGGCAGUCCAGCUUGCACAAGAGGCCAUAGAGAUCUGCAAGCAAGGAGGACUUCGUCUACACAAAUUUAUCUCAAAUAGCCCUGCUGUUCUACAAAAUAUCCCACCAUCUGAAUGUGCUGUUAACAUAAAAACAAAGGACUUAACAGUCAAAGACAUGCCAAAGGAAAGAGCUUUAGGCAUGCAAUGGAGUGUCGAAACAGACUGCUUCAAAUUUGACAACACUUUAAAGAACCAACCACCAACUCGCCGAGGCAUCUUAUCCACUGUUGCAUCUAUCUACGACCCCCUUGGCUUCCUGGCGCCUUACGUGCUCAGCGGAAAACAGAUACUGCAGGAAAUGUGUCAACAAGGUAUCAGCUGGGAUGACCCCCUGCCAGAAGCAUUGAGACCAAGAUGGGAGAGCUGGCAACGUGAUUUUUCCAACCUAGAAAAGGUAAAUAUAACUCGCUGUUACUUUCCUAAGGCCUUUGGAGAAAUAAAGGAAAGAGAAUUACACCACUUUUCAGACGCGAGUACAAGUGGUUAUGGACAAUGUACCUAUUUAAGAGCCAUAAACGCAAAGGAAGAGAUUCACUGUUCGCUAAUAAUAGCUAAGGCCCGUGUUUCUCCUAUCAAGUUAACUACAAUCCCCAGGCUAGAGCUAACUGCAGCUGAAGUUUCAGUCUCAGUCAGUAACAUGCUAAGAGAGGAACUUGGUUAUGAUCAAGUCAAAGAGUAUUACUGGUCUGACUCAAAGGUAGUUUUGGGCUACAUUAACAAUGAUGCACGUCGUUUCCAUACUUUUGUAGCCAACCGAGUCCAAAGGAUUCGACAAAGUACAAGCCCUCAACAAUG